CGAUUCAGUUAACCCAAAUUAAAAUUCAUUAGGGUUUGGAGGAGGUCGAAACAUAACAUAUCAUUGAUAUCAUAGCAAGCAGCGACGCCGCCCUACUCUGCAGCUCUAGCUUCCUCCGUCUUCCGAAUUCUGGUUCUUCAUAUUUUGUGAGUUCUAAAAGAUUCAGUCAAGAUGCAGAACGAGGAGGGGCAAAACAUGGAUCUCUACAUUCCCAGGAAGUGCUCCGCCACAAACAGGCUGAUUACUUCCAAGGAUCAUGCAUCUGUGCAGAUCAAUUUUGGGCAUUUGGACGAGACUGGUCGUUACACUGGCCAAUUCUCCACCUUUGCUCUUUGUGGUUUCAUUCGUGCCCAGGGGGAUGCUGACAGUGCACUUGAUAGGCUCUGGCAGAAGAAGAAAAUUGAAGCCCGACAACAGUGACCAACCAGUCGGGUAUAAGUUCUCAUGGUUGGAUGAUCUGAUCUGGAUCCCCAUUAUGUUUUAUUUAAGGAUUUUGGAAUGCAGCUUUUGUGCUGUGCUAACAUUUCGAAUUUGCACUUAAAGUUUUGGAGGCUCUUGAUGGGUUGUGUUGAGGUGGCUUCCAAAAUAAGUAUAUUUCUUAUAUGAUAUGCAAUUGAAGUUUUGGUCA